AUUUGGCAGUAAAAUUUUGUUUCUCUGCUGCCGACUUUCCUAUCCAACCGAUUUAGUUCCUUCUAGCGCCACUAGAAAGCGCACGUUUUCUAGUUCAUUUUGAACUGGAUCUUCAGCUUAUAUGUUGCCAUGAUGUGAUCUAGGAGGCAUUCUUCAGUACUUACUCCGCGAUCAGGCAUGUUGACGUGCAAAUAUUUGAGGUUAGACCUAUUUUUCAAGUUUUAAUUAGUUAAUAUUUAACUUCAGUGUUUGAAAAUAGGUGAGUUCAUAGUGUUUAAAGUGCUGAAUCACAUGCAUUGUUUGAAAUUGAUGUGUUGUGUAUAGUUUUCAUGAUUCAAGCUUAGGAAAUCUGGUUUCAUUUUAACGAAUCAAGCCUAAUCGCAGUGAUAUUGUGAUAAAACAUUUUAAAAACAAUGAGUGAUAAAAAAAAGAAAAAGUGUGUGCCACAAAAAAAAGGUGAGAUUCAAUACCGACAGUAUGAAAAUUCUGAUUUUGUGGAAGCUGCUAGGAAAGUGACAAUAGAAAAAUUCACUGUGUAUAAAGCUUCAAAAGUGACAGGGGUCCCUUAUAAUACAUUUAAAAGAUUCAUAAAUGACAACAAUGACCUACUCCAUGUUAAUGUCCCUAAAUUAGGCCGCCCUUUUGCUCUGCCUGUCGAUCUAGAGCAAAAAAUUCUAAAAUAUAUCCUGGAUAUGCAAGAACUUGGAUUUGGCCUGACUGUGUUGCAAGUUAGAAAGCUUGCCUAUCAGCUAGCUGAGAUUGUUAAUAGGCAGCAUAUGUUCAAUGAAGAAAAAAAAUCUGCAAGCAAGUGGUGGUGGUGCAAAUUUAAGGAGCGCUACAAUCUAUGUUUGCGUGUACCAGAGAAUCUGUCUGCAUACCGGGCUUCCAUGUCAAAUCCCGUUAUCAUUGCUGACUACUUUUCCAAAUUGGAAAAUUUAUUAUUGAAGCUUGACUUAUUCAACAAGCCCAGUCAAAUAUGGAAUGUGGAUGAGACAGGGCUUACCUAUGUUGUUAAGCCAAACAAAAUUGUUUGUCAGAUAGGCAAAAAAUAUGUCUAUAAGAGAACAUAUGGAGAAAGAGGACAGACCCAAACUGUCAUAGGUUGUGCUUCAGCAGAUGGGUCAUUUCUUCCACCCUUUGUCAUUUUUAAAGGUGUAAGAUGGGAUGAGGCAUUGAAGAAUGGCAGCCUCCCUCAUUCCAUCACAAGAUUAUCCCCAAAAGGAUGGAUUACAAGUGCAUUAUUCCUGGAAUGGUUUAAAUUUUCCAUAGAGAGUAUUGGUCCACAACGUCCUGUACUUUUGUUGAUGGACUCUCAUAGUUCUCACAUAGGACCAGAAAUUAUUUCACUGGCAAAAGAAAAUUCUGUCUUUCUUAUGACAUUUCCUCCACACACUAGUCAUCUUCUGCAACCAUUGGAUGUUGGUGUAUACAAAUCACUCAAGUCUCACUGGUCAAAAGAAUUAAACAGUUUCAUGGUCUCUUCCCCAGCUGAAAAACCUUCUCGGUACCAGUUCCACAAACUUUUUACACCUGCAUUUAUUGCUAGUUUUACUCAGGAGAACAUAAGAAAUGCAUUUAAAAAAUCUGGAUCAUGCCCAUUCAAUUCAAAUGCUGUAGCUCCUGAAGCCCUAGGUCCCAGUAAGCUUACUGAAAAGCUUCCACCUGCACCAGAAUCCAGAGCUCAGUCAUUGUUUGAGAUAGACAAGCGCAUCUCCAAACAAUUGGAGACACCCUCUGUACAAAAACCGAAUCAGAAUCCAUCACUUAGGGGAGGAAAGCAGAAAAGAUGUGCUGCUGAAUGUCUGACACCCAUAGAAGACGUAGCUGGGCCUUCACACAUCAGCAGUAGUCCAGUGAAUGAUCCAGCUGUAGGCCUGCCUGGACCUUCCAAAACCACAGGAAAAAAGAAAAAAGGUGCUAAAUGUUCAAGUCCAGUGGAAGACUCAGCUGUAGCUGGACCUUCAAACAUAGAUGUUCCUGAUGAUGACUGGGUAUGUGGGAUGUGCUGCAAAAAGUUUUCAGAAGAUGUGAAGAAAAAAACAGGAUUAAAAUGGAUUCAGUGCUCCUUCUGUUUCAUCCCCUAUCAUGAAAAAUGCCAGAAGCAGCCUACCAAAGAAGACAUUUACAUGUGUGAUGCCUGUGGGGAUCAUCAAUCUGAGGAUGAUGAAGAUUAUGACGGGAGCUUAUAGCUUAUUGGUGAGUAAAUCAUCUAUUGCCAAAUUACCUAACUACUACUGCC